AUGACGGGGUUGGGUCAUUGUAGAGGUGAUCUUAAAUUAGAUGCUUGUAAAAGUUGUGUUAAAAUUGGUACGCAAGAUAUCAAGGCACAUGAAAGAUGUCCAGAUUCUAAACAAGCAAUCAUUUGGUAUAAUGAUUAUAAGUUUAAUCGAAUCUUAGGUGAUUUAUUGAAUAGCUUAGCAACAAAUGCUACGUCUAACAAUGGUUUUGCUACUGGACAUGCAAAUCUUACGGAUUCUUCCAGCAUAUAUGGAUUCGUACAGUGUAGUGAAGAUAUAUCUUCAAGUGACUGUUAUCAGUGUCUUUUUGGAGCUAUAGCUCAAUUACCAAAUUGUUGUUAUGGGAAAAAAGCUGGAAAAAUUUCGAAACCAAGUUGUAUUUUUAGAUAUGAUUUAGAUCCUUUAUAUCAAUCAACAAUUACUUCACCAGCUCUGUUAUGGUCAACGAACACAACUGCACCAAUCUCCAGCGGGAACAACUCAUCCAAACUUGCUAUCAGCAUAACUUUUCUUUCGGUUAUCGCAGCGCUUUCUUCCAUUGGAUUAUGUCUUUUAUGUUUUCAGAGGAAGAAAACAUACACGGAGAAGUUUGAUGAUGUGAAUGACGCGGUUCUAGAGACAGAUUUCUUACAGUUCAGCUUCAGUACAAUAAGUGCUUCAAUAGACAAUUUCUCGGAAGCUAAUAAACUUGGAGAAGGUGGAUUUGGCUCAGUUUAUAAGGGUACACUUUCAAACAGGCAGGAAAUAGCGGUGAAGAGGCUAUCAAAAAUUUCAGGGCAAGGUGAACGAGAGUUUAAGAAUGAAGUCACCUUAGUAGCUAAACUUCAACACAGAAAUCUUGUGAAGCUUGUUGGUUUCAGUCUAGCUGGUGAAGAAAAACUACUAAUCUAUGAGCUCAUGCCAAAUGCAAGCCUUGAUCAAUUCCUAUUUGAUCCGAUUAAACGUAGACAUCGUAUCUGGGAAAGACGAUACAAGAUAAUAGGAGGGAUAGCGAAAGGGCUUGUUUAUCUGCAUGAGGAGUCUCGACUUAAAAUCAUCCACCGAGAUCUCAAAGCUAGCAAUAUAGUAUUAGACAUGGUCAUGAUUCCAAAAAUUGCAGAUUUCGGCAUGGCUUUAAGUGCUAGUACACAUCAAACCAGAUUAGGAGAUUAUAAUUCGUUUGGGUUUUGCAGUGGCUACAUGGCCCCGGAGUAUAUAAUGCAUGGAAAGUUCUCUGUGAAAUCCGACGUUUUUAGCUUUGGUGUCUUAAUUUUAGAGAUUCUUAGCGGGAAGAGAAACAGCUGCUUUCAUGGGUCAGAUAUUGCUCGGAACCUUCUUAGCUAUGCAUGGAGACUUUAUAGAUACGGUUCGGCUAUAGAACUAUUAGAUCCAACUCUGAAGAGCACAUUUUAUAGAAGUGAAGCAAUGAAAUGCAUCCAUGUCGCGCUAUUAUGUGUUCAAGAAAAUGUUUCAGAUAGACCCACAAUGUCCACAGUUGUCCAAAUGCUCAACAAUUCUCUGAUCAGUCACGAAUCACCAUCACCACCUGCAUUCUUCGCUGGUAGUACUAUAAAUAUAGAGCUUCUGCCUACCUUACACCUUGGCGAUAGCGACGAAGAACAAGGAAAUGCGACGAACCAUUCAAUCAGGGAAGCAGUAACGUGGAGCAUGAAUGAAGAUUCAAUCACUGAAUAA